AUGGCGUACUCAUCGCGGCCAACCUCCAUGCUGCCGGGUGCUGGGCUUCGUCAGCCAGCCUCACAGCCCUCGUCGGCGCUGUCGACGCGUAUUGCUGCGAAAAAGGCCGAGCUCGAAAACCUCCGACAGCUGCGGGAUCUCAGCGGUACACUGGCCAUGCAAAUGCAGGCGCUCGAGAGCAAGAUAGCCACGUUGAAGGAUGGCACUGAAGCGGUUGCAUGCGUGCUUGCCAAUUGGGACAAUGUGCUUCGCGCCAUCAGCCUAGCCUCCACUAAAGCCAGUGGGCUCCACGAUGCCGCCAGACCCGAGCCUGAGGACCCGUGUGAACCUCGCUUGCCAGCCACCUUAGUUCGCAUCCCCACCGAGCCACGGGCAAAGAAUGGCGAGUGA